AUGGCGAAAAAAUCGCAGAAGCAAAUCCAGAAAGACAAUGUUAGCAAUGAUGUGACUGCUAGUAGUACCGUUACGACAAAGGCGAAACGGACGAGGAAGAGUGUUCCCAGAACUUCUCCGCCUCAACGCAGCUCGAUUUACCGAGGAGUCACUAGGCACCGGUGGACUGGUCGAUAUGAAGCUCAUUUGUGGGAUAAGAAUUGUUGGAAUGAGUCUCAGAACAAGAAAGGAAGACAAGUCUACCUUGGUGCUUAUGAUAAUGAGGAAACAGCAGCACAUGCUUAUGAUUUAGCAGCAUUGAAAUAUUGGGGUCAAGAUACGAUUAUUAAUUUUCCGUUAUCAAACUAUCAGAAAGAACUUACAGAAAUGGAGACUCAAUCAAGAGAGGAGUAUAUUGGAUCCUUAAGAAGGAAAAGCAGUGGUUUUUCUAGAGGAGUUUCUAAAUAUAGAGGUGUUGCAAGACAUCAUCACAAUGGAAGAUGGGAGGCUAGGAUUGGAAAAGUUUUUGGCAAUAAGUAUCUUUAUCUUGGAACUUAUGCUACCCAAGAAGAAGCAGCUACCGCUUAUGACAUGGCAGCUAUCGAAUAUCGUGGACUUAACGCGGUUACAAAUUUCGAUCUCAGCCGAUAUAUUAAGUGGCUUAAGCCCAACAACAACAAAAGUGAAAACAAUGACAAGUCCAACAUUAAUCUUUGUCACAAUAACUCUAACAAUAGUACCAAUGACACAAACUCUAAUGAAGAAUUGGAAUUUACCUUAGACAAUGAAAUAGUAUCACUCAAUAGUACUACUAUGGAUGAAACAACAUUGGUUCAACCUAGACCAACUAGUGCCACGUCAGCCCUAGAGCUUCUUCUUCAAUCAUCUAAGUUUAAGGAAAUGGUGGAAAUAGCAUCAAUGACAUCCAAUGUUUCAACAACGUUGGAGUCUGAUCAAUUGUCACAAUGUGCAUUUCCUGAUGAUAUUCAAACUUAUUUUGAGUAUGAAGAUUUCAGUGAUACUAUGAUUGAGGAUCUCAACUCUAUUGUUCCUAUGUUUCAUUGUGAUGGCUUUGAGGGUGCUGAGAUUUUAUAG